CGCACUUUUGUACUCCGGCUCCCGACCGAAGCGCACCACUUCAUCUGUGGCGUCUAUAAACCCCAGGCUCAACUAUCAGACGUCAGCCAGGAGCUGCGUUGUUGUGUCUGUAUCCGUCACCCUAUAGCGCAAACGGCGCCGCCGCUUAUUUACAGUGCAGCCAGGGUAAACGGUGGGAAAGAAAACGCCUAUAGCGAGUACAUCUUCUGACCGACAACAGGAAAAAGCAUGUCUUCUGAAGAGCUAGGUUCGGAAGGGAAGUGGUUUGCAGAUGAGUAUGAAAGGAACGGUCUGUUUGGGAACACACAGACCCGAUUCGACGAGCUACGUGAAGAAUAUAAGCCAAGAGGCGGCGAGGCGGCGGGCGACCUGGAUCAACAAUUUCAUCCUUUCCAUGACGAUGGUAAAAGGCCCCCCGUUGCUAUGGAAACUGCAUCUACAGGUGACACCAUGUCUGGCCUGUUCAGGAAGCCUAUGAAUGAUGAUGGUGAUGUGUACACGUCCCUGCUGUCCAAUCAGAGCUUCCCAUCAGGUCGGGAAACAACCUACCUCUCAGAUGAUCUGAAGCCUUCCAAGCCCUCCUCUGGCUCCUCUGGCCUGGACCACUUCGCCAGUGACACAUACAGCUUCAGCUCCAACACCAGGAUGACUUCCAGCCUGGUCGAUGACAUGCCAAAAUCUCUGCUGGGCUCAGAUAAGACCGAAUCCUAUAACUACAUGGACAUCAGCCAUGGAGAUGAGCACCAUGACCAACACCAGGGGCGUGACUUACUGGGCAGCUACAGAGACAAGAACCCUGGAAGAGAUGAAGAUGAUGAGGAGGAAGAAGAGAACCUAGGUCCAGCACUAGGCUCCCAUUCUUUCCCCUAUGUGGAGGAGCCAUCUGAUGAAGAGCUGCCAGACUACCGCUCCUACAGAAACCUGGGUGGCACCCUGCAGACGGCCAGCCCAGUGAAGAUCACCUUGACCGAGACCAAGUCUCCAGCUGCCACAGCCGAGCCGCAGCAACAUCCCUCUGCAGUCGGUGUGUCUGACCGUGAAAACGUCCUCAGCGUGGGUUUACAGGGGGUUCCCACUGUGACGCUAUCAGAGCCAGAGGAUGACAGCCCUGCAUCCACUCCCAGUGCUUCCCCGACACAAAAAGAAUUCUCUUCCUGUGACACAUACAACACGGACACAGUGAAGUCUGCAGCUUCCAAAAGCCAUCCUGGCACAAAGGCCGGCAGCAGGGAGCAGGAUGGCAGCAGUGCAGAGUCUGGAGACUCAGAGAUCGAGCUGGUGUCUGAGGAGCCUCCCAAAGCUAGUAGCAACCCAUUUUCCCAGCUGCCUAAAAGCAAAGUUGCUUUCAGCCAGCCUAACAACCCUUUUGACAGUCCUCCAGUUGCCAAAGGUGGGUAUGGCCUGGCUGGCAACCACGCUCCUCCCACAGCCUACAGCAUUCUGAGAGAGGAAAGAGAGGCAGAGCUUGACAGUGACCUCAUCAUCGAGUCUGCAUCUGAAGAGAGCCCAAAGAGAGAGCAGGGCUUCAGUGGCCCCAAAAAGGGAGCCAGCCCUCCCUCUCCCCUGGUUCCUAGUGCCAUUGCUCCCUGCCAUCCAGCUGAAGCUGUGCCAGCUGAGCCCUUGAUCACAGAAAAGUUCAAGACCCCAGUGAAAAUUGAAGAGGAUCGUCCUGGCAAGCCCAAGCCCCCCACCGCUGCCGUGCCCCCAGAGGUGAGAUUGGAGAAGCCCCAGCCGGGCGACAUGUACAAGCACGCCGACGAGGGCAAGGGAGACCUAGGGAAACCUGCUGUACCAAUGUUUCUGGAGGGCUUUAACAAACAAAACGCAAUUGACCUGCUCUACUGGAGGAAUGUGAAGCAGUCUGGGACCGUGUUCAGCAGUGUGCUUCUGCUCCUCUUCUCCCUGACCCAGUUCAGCGUGGUCAGUGUUGGAGCCUACUUAGCCCUGGCAGCCCUCUCUGCCACCAUCAGCUUCAGGAUCUACAAGUCAGUGCUGCAGGCUGUGCAGAAGACUGAUGAGGGACAUCCUUUCAAAGCCUACCUGGACAUGGAAAUUGCUCUGUCCCAGGACCAGAUUAUUAAAUAUGCUGACAAAAUCCUGCUGUACACCAACACCUGUAUGAAGGAGCUCCGCAGGCUGUUCCUUGUACAAGAUCUUGUCGACUCCUUGAAGUUUGCUGUUCUGAUGUGGCUGCUGACCUAUGUGGGUGCUCUCUUCAAUGGCCUGACACUGCUCAUCCUAGCUGUGGUCUCCAUGUUCACCAUGCCUGUGGUCUAUGAGAAACAUCAGGCACAGAUUGAUCAGUAUGUAGGACUAAUACAGACCCAGGUCAACUCUGUGGUGGGGAAGAUCCAGGCGAAAAUCCCUGGGGCCAAGAGAAAGGAGGAGUAAACCUGUCUGCCUCACCAUGAAGCUGACAGUUCAGUCCAGUCACGAAGCUCGCGCACUGUUAAAGAGCCUGGACAUCAUCUGUGAGGCGUAAUGCUUUGUCAUCUUGGUGUUCUCUAAAAGCAUCCAUGAAGGAGAAGCCUUCACCAUUGUCAAUAGCAGUCUAAACACUAACACAUUGUCACUGUAGUUAGACAAGUACACAACUCAAAAACAAAAGAGAAACUUUUCUGUUGCUUAUUAUAAAAUGCAUGAAGUCGAGCUUUGGGUAAAUAAUAUUUGCUAUCUUCUGUGCAAUUUUUAAAUCAUGCUGUUUUUGCUUUGCAGUGCAUUACCACAAACUGUAUGGUUUGGCACAAAAAGCUAAAUGCCCAGAGACGUGCUCUGCUGCCAAUGUUAAAUACUGCUUCAUGUUUCUGAGUUAGCAGAUGGGGCUUCUCUAAGUAUAUAUCAAUAUAUAAAUAAAUAUUUCCUUUUGGUGUUUUCAAGCACAAAAUAAUUUAACAAUACGUGUAGAUGUGGUAAUUGUAGGGUUCUUGCUUUUGUAUAAGGAACAAUGCACAUGCUCCUGUGUUAGGUACUGUUGUACAACUACUAUGAAGACAAGAAGUAUCUGGUGAUAUCUAGCUUGUUUGAAUAACUGUCCAACUUUGUACUAUGCUCAACUAUACUCUGUAGUUCUUUAGACCCUGGACUCUAUUUGCACUUACAGUAUGUAUUUAAUUACAAUAAUAAGAAAAUAAAUGUUCCUUGAUGUACAACA